AUGCCUUCCUCCUCCACCGACCUCCCCCUCACCUCCGAACCCCCGCUCUCCGAAACCCUCAAACACCAACGUCAAGAUUUCGACUGCACCUCCUGUCGCAUAAUGGGCUCAACAGUCUUCGUCUCCCUCGGCGCAUACACAUACUACUCCGGAAUGAAGCAACUCCGAGAACAAUCGGGGACGAUAAUACGUUCGGGGUCGAGGUUUGGGGUGUUUCCGAGAAAAGUUGCCGUCGUGGGGACGAGUGUGGUUUGUGCGGGGUUGGGGAUGUGGAGGUUGGUGAAUUGA